AUGAAGCAGAUGCUUACCUUUCUAACAAAGCGCGCUCAACUUGAAGGUUCUAGGGCUCAAGCACCUGCGCCUCCUCCAAAUAAUUCUAGGCAAGUGCCGUCAAACGGACGAGCUCAAUCGCGUUCUCAGCAAUCGUUCGCAGCUUCUACCUCUCAAAAUCGCUGUCUCUAUUGUCAAGGCGGCGAUCAUUAUAUUUAUUCGUGUAAGGGCUUCGCAGCUCUAUCACCGUUUGCUCGCUAUGAAGCGGCAAAGGGGUCUAAUUUAUGCACUAAUUGUCUUCGUAAGGGUCAUCACUCUUCACAGUGCCCUUCAGGAAAGUGUCAAGCGUGUGGUUAUAGACAUCAUACUCUACUUCACUUCGAUAAAUCAAAACCUGAAAUGCCGCCGUUGAAUGCAUCUGCGACGGCCUUCGAUAUGCCUAAAUCGACUAUGAAUAUGCACGCUCAGGUCUCAUCUGAAGCGUUGCUAGCUACAGCUAUUGUAGACCUUGUAAAUAAGCAAGGAAAAAUCAGGCAAUGCCGAGUAUUCCUGGAUGCAGGAUCUCAGGCGCACUUUAUCACAGAAAAGGCUGCUAAGUUCUUAAAUCUGGAUAAAAAGGCGGUAAACAUCUCAGUAACUGGGGUGGACAACACCUCUACAAGUGUCAAACACUCUGCUCGCGCCACUUUAAAAUCGCGUCAUAGCAAAUUUCAAAAAACUGUUGAAUUUUUAAUUGUUCCCCAGAUCAGCCAGUCAAUGCCAUCCAUUGCCAUUAAUAUAACUCAGCUCGAAAUACCUAAAAAUAUAUCCCUCGCAGACCCAGAGUUCUAUAAGCCGUCUGAGGUCGAUGCUCUGAUCGGAGUGAAGCUCUUUUAUAAGCUCCUUAGUGUGGGACAAAUUUCCCUCAAAAAUCAUCCCGACGCUGUUCUGCACAAAACGCUGCUUGGAUGGAUAGUUGCUGGGGAAAUAAACAGCAAUUUGAGCGUUUCCAACGUGUCGUGUCAUCUUAAUUUAAACUCACCAUCGUCUGAUAUCUCUUUAACCCGAUUUUGGGAGGUGGAAGAAAUUCCGUCUGUUGCAAUCUUAUCUUCGGAAGAAAAGGCUUGUGAAGAGCACUAUAAGCUCCAUACCACUCGGACUGUAGAGGGUCGGUAUGUAGUUCGCUUGCCGUUCAACAGCAAAAAGAGCAGACUAGGCGAUUCAUAUUCGUCAGCCUUAAAAAGAUUUUUUGCGCUAGAAAGGCGUUUCCAACGAGACCAUGCAAUCAAGCAUGAUUACCUCGAAUUUUUGCGGGAGGAUAAAGAGUUGGGUCACAUGUCGGUGUCCAAUGACGUAUGUGAAGAUCAUUUAGGGUUCUAUCUCCCUCAUCAUGCUGUCCUAAAGGACGACAGCAUCACCACCAAGAUCCGUGUAGUCUUCGACGGUUCUGCGAAAACAUCUACGGGAAUUUCCUUGAAUGACACUUUAAUGGUUGGUCCACAACUUCAGGAUAGUUUAUUUACAAUACUCACUCGUUGGCGAUCUCACCCUUACGUGCUCACUGCCGACGUAGAGAAGAUGUACAGGUAA